UUGAUUUCAGACGGCAGGUUUAUUUCUGUCGCCUCAACUUCAGACAGAUUGAAAACACGUGAAAGCGGAGCUGUCAUGCGUUGAUUUGUGAAGCGCAGCUGUCGUGCGUAAACUCCCAGCCUCCGCUCGCUCACAUGGUGUGUUCAGUCCCAGCUGUAGAGACCUGCUCCCCACACGGUACAAACACAGAGCCAUAGAGACCUGCUCCCCACACGGUACAAACACACUGAGCCAUAGAGACCUGCUCCCCACUGUCUGUACCAACUCUGGGGAGCGCACGUCGUCUAAUACAACAGCAGACAGCUUCCAUUUCCAAGGUCACUCUUCACAACCGACACUUGACUUCCCGAGCUGACUAAAGUCUCUGUGGUUUGUGGUCAAAUGGAACAUUAGAUCGUGGGCAGCAGGAACCCAAAUCAGCGUUAAAUUGUGCCGAAGAUAGACACAAAAAGCUGGAGUAACUGAGCGAGUCAAGCAGCAUCUUUGGAGAGAAGGAAUGGGUGACGUUUCAAUUCUGCCUAUUCAUUUUAAUGCUGCAGAUGUACAGUAACUGGAGUGGUUCAGUUCUCUCUCAAGGGAAAGAAAACGACAAGUUAGAAACAAUGAGAGGUGACAUUGCUUUGGGAAUGAUCGCUUUCUUAUUUGUACAGUCGGUCACAGGAUGCCCAGAAAAAUGCCAGUGCAUGGAGACUGAGAAAGUAGUACGUUGUACAGGUACAGGACUCUCACAGGUACCUAGAGGUAUUGCCCUAAACACAGAGACCCUGUACUUGCAGAAUAAUCAGAUCCACACAAUAUCAAAUGCUGACUUCACUGGUAUGUCGCAGCUACAAACUUUAGACUUGUCCAACAACAUCAUUUCAAACUUAUCAUCAGAUACGUUUGAUGGACUACAUAACCUUCUCAUCCUAAAGCUGGCCAAUAACUCCAUCACCAAUGUGGACAACAAAAUGCUCCACUCAACUGGGAACCUGCAUCAACUGGACCUGUCCUUUAAUCACCUUACUAGUUUGCCAGAGGGUUUGUUCAACAACCUGCAGAAUCUGACAUCACUAGCAAUGCAUCAAAACCAACUUCAACACAUCAGCAGGUCGCUGGUGGAUUCCCUGCCAAGUCUACAAGCCAUCAUGUUCAGGAAAAACCAGUGGAAAUGUGACUGUCAUCUAACGGGAUUGAAACUUUGGUUGGAGAGCUUCCUCUACACAGGAGGGAAGAUUGAUGAAAUUCUAUGCACAGAACCAGAGGACUUAAGAAGUAAGGACCUCAUGAGAAUCCCGCAUGAAUUAUUCCAGGUGUGUUCCUCCGUAAAGGACAAGUCAUCUCACGUUGACUCCGACCAGAGAAGUCCCACCAUCCAAACGUUGCAGCACAAACUGGAGCCAGAGCACAGCCCAGACUGCACCCCGAAGGCCAAGCAACGGUCAGGCAGCUUACGGCAUGCCAUUGCCACUAUUGUGGUCACUGGAGUCAUCUGUGGCAUUGUCUGCCUGAUGAUGCUGGUGGCAGCUGUUUAUGGCUGUUCCUACGCCUUUAUCAUGGCCAAGUACCAACGGGAGCUCAAGAAACUCGACCAUCUGGGUCCCGAUGUUGAACAGGAAAAUGCUGAAGAGAAGGAACCCCUAGAUAGCUCAUUGGUAUGAGCUUGAGCUCCCCUCUACUGCCUUGUCAAGAGGCAAGAGUAGACACAAAGUGCUGGAGUAACUCAGUGGGUCAGGCAGCAUGUCUGGAGAGAAAGAAUGGGUAACAUUUCACAGAGUGCUGGAGUAACUCAGUGGGUCAGGCAGCAUCUCUGGAGAAAUGGAAUAGAUGACGUUUCACAGAUUGCUGGAGUAACUCAGCGAGUCAGGCAGUAUCUCUGGAGGAAAGGAAUAGGUGAUGUUUCGGGUUGGAAUCCUUCUUCAGACCCAUUCCAACCCAACACAUCUCCUAUUUCUUCUCUCCAGAGCUGCUGCCUGGCCCGCUGAAUUACUCCAACAUUUUGUGUCUAUCUUUAGUAUAAAGCAGCCUCUGCAGUUCCUUCCUACACAAGAAUCAAGAGUGUUUAAUUGUCAUAUGACUCUAAAUGAAACAAUGGCAUUCUUAAGACAAUAUCAAUAUCAAGACAAUAUUAAUAUCCAUAAGACAAAUUGUUGGAACAUUGUAAAUCUAUAAUGAACAUGUCUUUCAUGUGGGAGAAGGCGUCUAACAUCCUAGACUGUUUUAAUUUUCUAAAGAAUUUUGGACUUUGUGUAGUUUGCAUGUACAUCACAUAUUGUGUAUAUGAGUUGCGAAUGGCUUGAAUCAGUAUCAACAGAAUUAUGAAAAAACUGAAGAAUGAAGACAGGAAUGAGACACAAACAUGUCAAAGGGAUGUCAAUCGACUGUGCAAGAUGCAGCUCGUGUCUUCUCUUCUGAAUACUUACUGUAGGUUGGUUGAAGUGUGUUAACGGCUCGAUAUAAAUAUAAGUUGUUGCUGUGGUUUCUUCUGGGAAAGUGUUAUAACUGGGAACACAUUGGCCUCCUUCACUAAAUAUAAAUGUUAGCAAUUUGUAUUAGGUUUUUGGGUUGUAAUUACUCAUGUCUUGUAAGAUGUGAACACUAUGGCCUUUCAAUUAUGCAUUGAGUUGUGGUAGGCCAUUGGUAUUGCAAUCACAAGAAAUAUGUUUGUCCUAUUUCUAUAAAGGUAUACAUUCAUUAAUAAAGUAAUUCAAUGGUGGUGAAUCUGUGGAACUCAUUGCCACACAAAGUGCUGGAGUAACUCAGUGGGUCAGGCAGCAUCAGUGAGGUCAAGUCAUUGCCACAGAAGGCUGUGGAGGCCAAGUCAAUGGAUAUUUUUAAGGCAGAGAUAGAUAGAUAGAUUCUUGAUUAGUACGGGUGUCAAGGGUUAUGGAGAGAAGGCAGGAGAAUGGGGUUAGGAGGGAGAAAUAGAUAAUCCGUGACUGAAUUGUGGAGUAUACUCAAUGGGGCGAAUGGCCUAAUUCUUCUCCUAUUACUUAUUAUCACUUUAUGACUCAUCUUAAAGUAUUCUGUUCUCACGAGUAGCGUUAUCUAUAUAAUUAAAAGUCUCAUCAUGACCACUUCCUGUUUGCACUGUGCUUUGAUUUUAGAAAAGUCGCUACCAUAUAUGGCUGUGAUUUUUUGGCCAUCUUACUCAGAGUCGUCCUCCGCUGCGCAGGCCCCGAGGAUUUUUCCCAUCGAUGAAAAAUAAAAGACAUUAGUGUUUAAAAAUUCUUGAGAUUCUCUCUCCUGUCAAUCACCACCAUGAAGGCUACGCCCCUUCUGGUGGGAGGGGGAGGGGGAGGGACUAUAAAACCCGGAAGUGUGGGCGUGGCUCAGUCUGUCUGCAAGAUGGUAAGGGAGAGGUCACGACUCUGUGUCUCAGCUGGGAAACUACAGAACACUGUGAGAAUGCAAUGUACUUGAUUAAAUGAUUUGUUAGCCCUUAAUGAAAAUGAAAUGAGUUGUUUGGCCUGCUCUGUGCUUGAAACUGCAAUGGCAAUGGAAAUUAAGUGACAAUGCAAUCAGCUGUUUGGCUCGGCCUGCCCUGGGCUUGAAACUGCAAUGCAAUUGGAAAUGAAAUGAGUUGUUUGGCCUGCCUGAAACCACUAAUUCAGCCCACAAGCCCCCUAUUAGCCGAGAAACCAGUCCCUCUUGCCCCAAAUGCCCGUAUUAGCCCAGGAGGAGCAAUUUGGCCCAAAAGGCCUGUGCCAGGCCAGGAAAAGUCCAGAAAAAGUGCCUUUCACUGAGAUUUCACAGAGAUUUUUUUUUAAAGAGCCCUUUCGGCCCAACUGGGCUGUACUAGCCCAGGAGUCCAUUCAGCCCAUCAGUAAGUAUUUCCCCCUGCAAAUAUUAAACCUCACCCCAGUAAUUUUCUACCUCACUUCAUUUGUUCCCUGUGAGAUCCAGGCCAGGAUAGACAUUUCUCCUUCAUUGCUGUGAUCUGUAGAAAAAGAUGAAAAAUGUCUAAAAUUGAUUCUCCACCCUCUCCCCCUUCUCGCUCAUGGUCUCUCUCACCUGUUUUGGGCUGAAAUUCUGGCAGUUUCUGAGCAGCCAGCCCACCAGGCCUGAGUGACUGAGCUGCCAGCCCACCAGGCCUGAGUGACUGAGCUGCCAGCCCACCAGGCCUGAGUGACUCUGCCAGCCCACCAGACCUGAGUGACUGAGCUGCCAGCCCACCAGGCCUGAGUGACUGAGCUGCCAGCCCAAGAAUCCAUUCGGCCCACAAUGUCCAUACUAGCCCUCUGGAAACCAAUCCCUUUGGCCCACAACACCCGCACUAGCGCUCCAGAAAGCCCCCCGUGGAAUAUUGCGUUGGGGGACCAGCCAUCCCGUGUGAACAUGGGACCUAACGGGUCCCAUUUAGUCUAGUCAUACGUAAUUUUUAAGUUUAUUUCACUGGAGACCUGACAUUACUUCAGAAUGAACUUCUGAAAGAUGUUUUGAUGUCACCGUGACCAAUAACCGUGGCCACCUAUUAUUGCCUACGCAGAAAAUGAAAACUAACGGCGAUCAAGAUUUCAGCUGGAAUUCAGGGUCAAUAAUAUUAAAUUAAUAACAGAAAGGGGGAGGUAAUUCUGCAAAAAUAAUCAUUUAAAAUAUAUGUACUGUGAAAAGUAUUCUCUAUAAUCAGUAACAAACGUAUCUGAAAUUUGAAAUGAAAUUGUUGAUGAUGUUAUUGGCAUCUGCUUCUGUUUUUCUUCACUAUGACCUCACCAUGCUUGUGAAAGCACCCUGCUUCUGAACAUCAAAUAGACUUUAUAAAUCUCUCCAUUACUUGCUAUCUUUUGUUUGCUUUGUUUUUCUGAACUUUAUAUUAAUGCUUUCAGUAAGAACUAUUUGCCAGUAGAUUCUGUCGUAUGCCAAGUGUGGGUUGCAAAUAGACGCAAGCAUCAUCGGCAAAGCAUGUCUUCAUUGCCCCAGAUGGCCAUUUCAAUUGGCCACAGAUGGCAAUAUCUUUGAUGACACAUAUGAUUGUUUUCCAACCCAUAUUCAUUAUGCCCAUCUUUCCCAAAGUAAAGUUUUGAGUGAAACUUUGACCACAUGACAUGUGGCUAUAAGCUCGUGGCGACACAGAGGUUACAAGCAAUUUACACCAGAACAUGGGGGAAUGUAGCCAACAAUCAAUAGUGGUGCAGAUAGACACAAACUGCUGGAGGAACUCAGCGGGACAGGCAGCAUCUCUGGAGAGAAGGAAUAAGUGACGUUUCAGGUCAAAAUCAAUAGUGGUGAUCAUGCUCUAUAUCACCUCCAUCCUUCCAUUCCACUCUUCAUUACCCUGCUGGGCAGCAUGGUGGCAUAGCGGUAGAGUUGCUACCUUACAGCGCUUACAGUGACAGAGACCUGCGUUCGAUCCCGACUACUGCUGCUGUCUAUAUGGAGUUUGUACGUUCUUCCCAAGACCUGCGUGGGUUUUCACAGAGAUCUCCGGAUUCCUCCCACACUCCAAAGAUGUACAGGUUUGGAGGUUAAUUCGCUUGGUAAAAAUGUAAAAAUUGCCCCUAGUGUGUGUGUAGGAUAGUGUUAGUGUGCGGGGGUCGCUGGUCGGCACGGGCUCGGUGGGCCGAAGGGCCUGUUUCAGCGCUGCAUCACUCAACAAAACUGAAGUAAACCACAUAUUUACACAUCUUUCCACGAUGCGUCUUCUCACCUGACCAUCCGUUGGGAUCAAAGAUGACUUGUUUCUGCUCUGAAGCAUGCAGUUCUGGCCAUUUCUGUCCAAAUGUCCCUUAAACCUUUUUCCCACCGAUGUCCGGCCAGUGACCAGUGGACUGUGCAGACACAGGGGAGCCAGAUGGUCAGCACUCCUUCUACGCACGCUCUUUAUACUGAGAGCAAACUCUACAUACUACACGCUUAACUUUUACUGCUGCCAUGGACUUUGUGAAACAAAUGCUACGUAUUUUCCAAGUAGGCGUUUGAAGUUUGUUUUAAAGUUAAACCACAAAGCUCUUUGCAUAGGUGAACAUCAUUGUUAAAUAUCAGGAUCAGUGCUUUUAUAGUGCCAGUAGACAACUUACAGUUCAUGCCAAUCCACAUGGAUCUGUGUUUUACUCUUCGGAUGAGCCAGUAGAAUGUACCGUCCGUCCCGUCACUAACAAACCCACUGAGUAGCAGAACUAACGCUGAGGAAAAUUCCCACACGGACCUUUCAGUCCUCGACCUCCUCCAUUGCCAGAGUGAGGACACAUGCAAACUGGAGGAAAGGCAUCUGAUAUUCCACUUGGGCAGCUUACAAUCAGGGCAGCACAGUGUCACAAAGCUGCUGCCUUACAGCGCCAGAGACACGGGAUCAGUUCAGUUUAGUUGAGUUUAUUGGCACGUGUACUGAGGUACAGUGAAAAGCUUUUUGUUGCAUGCUAGCCAGUCACUGGAAGGACAUUACAUGAUUACAAUCAAGCCAUUCACAGUGUUCAGAUACAGGAUAACAAUAUAACACUUACAUAGAAAAUAGGUGCAGGAGGAGGCCAUUCGGCCCUUCGAGCUAGCACCGCCAUUCAUUGUGAUCAUGGCUGAUCGUCCCCUAUCAAUAACCCGUGCCUGCCUCCCCAUAUCCCUUGACUCCACUAGCCCCUAGAGCUCUAUCUAACUCUCUCUUAAAUCUAUCCAGUGAUUUGGCCUCCACUGCCCUCUGUGGCAGGGAAUUCCACAAAUUCACAACUCUCUGGGUGAAAACGUUUUUUCUCACCUCAGUCUUAAAUGACCUCCCCUUUAUUCUAAGACUGUGGUCCCUGGUUCUGGACUUCCCCAACAUUGGGAACAUUUUUUCCUGCAUCUAGCUUGUCCAGUCAUUUUAUAAUUUUAUAUGUUUCUAUAAGAUCCCCCUCAUCCUUCUAAACUCCAGUGAAUACAAGCUUAGUCUUUUCAAUCUUUCCUCAUAUGACAGUCCCGCCAUCCCAGGGGUCAAUCUCGUGAACAUACGCUGCACUGCCUCAAUCACAAGGAUAUCCUUCCUCAAAUUAGGAGACCAAAAUUGUACACAAUACUCCAAAUGUGGUCUUACCAGAGCCCUAUACAACUGCAGAAGAACCUCUUUACUCCUAUAGUGAAAUCCUCUUGUUAUGAAGGCCAACAUUCCAUUAGCUUUCUUCACUGCCUGCUGUACCUGCACGCCAACUUAGUGCAAUGUUCGAUCCUGACCACGGGUGCUGUCUGUACGGAAUUUGUACGUUCGCCCCGUGAACUGCGUGGGUUUUCUCCGAGACGUUAAUUGGCUUGGUAAAUGUAAAAAUUGGCCCUAGUGUUUGUAGGAUAGUGUUAAUAUACGGGGAUCGCUGGUCUGCACGGACUCGGUGAGCCAAAGGGCCUGUUUCUGCGCUGUAUCUCUAAACUAAACUAAAUGAAAAGGUUUCACCAGUGAACCGUUGGCGGUGCUGUGAAUUCCCCCAUGUUGAGCUGUGGAAUCUACCCACUGAUCCUGCAGAGAUCUGGCAGAGGUAUAGACAGCCCAUCUACAUCAAUGGCAACAGCAGCUGCAAGGCACAGGCAGGCAACUCAAAUGUUUACUGGAAUCGCUGGAGUUUGUUUGAUGCUUCUAGACAUUAAAGAUUGUUUUAAGUGCUUUCUUCUUUAGCUUUUCCAAACAAAUUAAACAAUUUAGAAACAUGGAACUGCAGAUGCUGGUUUACAAAGCAAGUGCUGGAGUAACUCUCAGGAGAACAUGCGGUGGCAGGCAGCAGAUGGGAGGGAUGAUGGGUCUGAAGAAGGGACUCGACCCGAAACGUCACCCAUUCCUCCUCUCCAGAAAUGAUGCCUGCCUGGACUGUAAAAGGUACCACAGCUGGAGCAGAAGGAAGGGAUCCAAUGUACACGUAGAUACAGGAUAGGUUGCAGCAACUGAAGAAAGGUUUGAGGCCCAGAAACCCCCCAACAUCACGGGUGGCUGCUCUCUCCGGGUGAGGUUGAGUACUCGGCCAGAGCCCAUCCUGAUUUCACCAUGGUGCCAGCUCCGUGUCUCCGACACAGCUUCACCAAGGCUUAUUCUCUGCCGUGGACGCCAAUUCACUGGAUGUUUUCACGAGUUAGAUUUAGCUCUUAGGGUUAACAGAAUCAUGGGACAUAGGGAAAAAGCAGGCACUCGGCACUGAUUUCAGAUGAUCAUAUUGCAUGGCGGUGCUGGUUUGAAGGGCCGAAUGGCCUACUCCUGCACCUAUUUUCUAUGUUUGUAUAUUUCUAUGAUGCAGGCCAGGAGGUGCUGGAGUUCACACCUGUAUCCAGCAUCUAGGUACAGAUCUGGUCAAUGGACAUAGAGAUUCUAGAACAUUGCUUACUGCAGGAGGAGCAAGAACCAAAGCUGACACAGCCAAAAUCAGACAGCAACUGAUGCAAAUAUUUGUGGAGGUGCGAGCAAAGGUCAGUGACGGGCUGUUAUACGUUGCUGGGAAGUCUGAAGCUAAACACACGGGACCAUAACAUGGUAAAGUGCCCCUUGCCAACUGCACAUGGCAAUGCGGCUUGCAAUUGUACCCAGGCUGAGUGAUACAUGGCACCACACUUCAUUAUGGUUAAGAACAACACAGUACGUUGAAUGAACGGGAUUGAAUCGGU